CAGAACAGGAACACAGGAACUGGAGCGAGGGAGAGAAACUGUGAGUCGAACCUGAACCUCCACAACCAUCUGACAAAGACAAGACGAGAGGGUGUUUCCAGUCUGGAUUGCCUCACUGGGGAGGUCACCAGUUUAUCUUUAAUAUCCGGAAUACCAAGAGUUACAUUAGAUGCUGACUCGCCACCUGAAGAGUGCCUCCGAGCCAGAAGUCUCUGAUUGAAAAACUUUGGGUAACAAGAAAGGAGAGACCACAAAGGAGUCUACAGCACCAGGUACCAGUUGAUCCUAAUAUAAAGAAAAAUGUGGAGUGACAUCUUCUACCCUGAAAAUCCUAAAAGAAAGGAGCAGCUCAUCCGCAGAAGUCAAGAGAUUCAAGAUCUGAUGAAGAACAACUUCAGAGCCACCAACCAACUGAUUGAUGCUAUGAACAAGUACUUGAGUUGCUCCUUCGAACAUAUCACCCUGAACGAGAGCGCUACUCUUCGGGAGAACUGUGAUGUGAUGAUUGGAUGCAUGAAUAUGAUUCAGGCAGAAGUAGAGAAGAUUGACAAGAAGCUGAAGGAGAAGCUGGAACCCACCUUGUACAAGAAACUGCGAAAAGUGUCUUCUCUGUCUUCUGUAGAUUUUAAAGCAAUUUCAAAUGCUUUUGCAAUAGUUUGUGGUAUUGGAUCUUUGGGAUCUGCGGUUUUAUUUGGCUGUUUACUUAAGAAUGGAACUAUUCUGGCAAACAUAACAAGCAAGUUUGUUAAAAUUGGAGCAACUGCAUUAGCUGGUGUGGUGUUGGCAGUGGUGUUCUUGGGGAUCGACAUGAUUGUCGAGGCCAUCAUUGGGAAAAUUGAGGGUGAUCAACUUCAGGCAGAGCUGGAAAAGUAUGACAGAGCUUUGGCAGAAUUCAGGCCAGCGUCUGAACAAUAUCAGGAUAACAUUACCUAUGUCCGAAUCAAAAUUGAUAUUUUGAAUGAAUAAAAAAUGUCAGGUUGAAAUGUUUCUUGCUAUUAUAAGCUAAUGUUAUUACAUUUUUACUUAAAAGAUGCAGAAAUAUAUGAGAAUUGAAACAAUGUGAAAUGAUAUGUUGAAAAAGAAAAUAAUAAAAUCAAAUCAGUUCUCCCGCUAUUAAAGG